GCCAUCAUAAAGGACUUAACUAAUAUUGAUUGCAUUGUUUUAAGAGUGCCAUUUCACCCUUAUCAGAUGCUGUUAAUAUAUAGCGCGAUAUGUAUACAUAUUAAUGAGAUUACUUUGUGAUAUCGAUAUCAAUUUGUAUACAACUCGCCAGGCAUUAUGUCAUUAACCUGUCGUCUGCCAGCUGAUCCCCCGAGCGAAACUAUAGACUCUCCGGAUCGGACUGACGAUCGCUUUCAUCGGCCUUUGCCGACACCGCAUCUUCGCGGUAUGACGACACAGAAGCCCCUCCAGUACGUGGCCACCAGACCGAGAUCAUCGAUCACGAAGCGGACGUCGUCGAUGCUGACAAAGAGAAACGGGCCUCCAUUGCAGGGUGUUAUGGCGGUGGUUGGGCGAUCGACGUUGUCGAAGGAGUUGAUGACGAGUUACAAACACACUAAACGAGUCGGACCUUAUCUCCUGGGCCCAACCAUCGGCGAGGGAAGCUUCGCAAAAGUGAAAGAGGCGAUGCAUGUUCUUGUUGGCGAAAAGGUUGCCGUCAAGAUAAUAGAUAAGAAAGCCGCGAGAGAGGACGCAUAUCUGCACAAGACACUCCGUAGAGAGGCGGGACUUCUCCAACUUCUUGGCCACGCCCACAUCGUACGUCUUCUCGAAGUCAUGGAAACGGAUAAUAACUUGUACUUGGUGCUGGAGCUCUGUGGGGGCGGUCCUCUCCUGGAUAAGGUGUGUGAGAGGAGUGGUAUUGAAGAGGGCGUGGCCAGGCGGUACAUCAAGCAGGUGACUUCAGCUGUUUACCACAUGCACCAAAUGGGCGUGGUCCAUAGAGAUCUGAAAGUUGAGAACCUUCUCCUUGACGACAACGACAAAAUCAGAAUAAUAGAUUUUGGGCUGAGUAAUUUCAUCGGGAAUCUAGAGAGGGAAACCGAUAUUCGGGAUGCUAAAAAACGGGAGCGGGAUUUCUCGAGCCGUAAACAGGCGGACGUACGCGCAAGCCGGAGACAGAGCCGAACUGUUGGAGGGAGAAAUGCUUCCUCGGGUGAUGAGGGUGGUAGACCCGGCGAUACCAAGGGCGUGGCCAGGGCGCGGCUUCCAUCGGAUGACGGAACUAAACGACGAACAAGAGGAUCGUCUCUUCGCGAGGAAAACGGUCAAGAAAGAGCGGGACUGCAGCGGGAAAAUAGCAAGGAGCAACCUAACGUAUCCAGAUCCAACACCAAACAAAAUGGCGGACGAAGUAAUGGCGGGAAUAUUCAAAAUGCAGGUCAACCCAUGUAUCCUCGGAUGGCGAAUGAAGAAAAGAGUUCGCCGGAGAAGAGGCGGGAUGUUUUGAGGAAUAGAAAGAUGGAUGUAUUCGGGACUAGGGACUUUGCGGGAACGCUUUGCGGGAGUCCCGCCUAUGCAGCUCCGGAGAUAAUUGCGAGGAAGCGAUAUGGACCCAAGGUGGACGUUUGGAGCAUUGGUGUCAAUGCAUACGCUAUGCUGACUGGUACUCUUCCCUUCAUAGUCGAGCCGUUUAAUCUUAGGAAACUCUUGUCGAAGAUUCAGAAAGCAGACAUGGGACCACUGCCUUCUGGUCUGUCAUCAGACUGCAAGAGUUUUGUCCGUUAUCUUCUCGAACCGGACCCGGAGAAGAGACCAACGGUUUAUGACGUCUUGUGUCAUCCCUGGUUGGCAGGUGUCUACGAGCCUCUCCGCUCUUUAAGCCCUACAGCAUCAAACUACGCCCUCACCCCCACUCCUCCACCUACCCCGUGCUCUCCAGGACGAAGGCUCAGUCGCAUGUUGCUCGAUCACGACAUCAUCAGCUACAUCCGGGAAACGCUUGGGAUCAAGUCGGUGCACGUCAGCGAGUCGGUGCUUGCAGGGCGCGCCGACGAAUACUCUGCGAUUUACCAUCUCCUGGCCAAGCAACGCCAGCGGGACGAGGUGCCUAAGAUUGCCCAGAGACUGCAGGAGAACUGGGAAACCUUUCGAGUGUGUUCCCGUCAGGAUGAUGAUGAUGAUGAGGAUCUUGGUAACGAAGGUGAUGGGGUGAACGAGGCUGGGGAUACGAUUAAGAAUCGAGGAGGGUCUCCAAGACAAGGAAGGUUGACGAAUGAUUUUGAUGACGACGAGAAAAAGAAGUCAGUGGCGGCAGAGACUGCUCUUCAGAUGGCUGGCAAGAAGAAUGGUAGUUUCCACUUCAAGAUGACCAUGGUGAUAGAAGAGGAGGCUGAGAGAGCUGCACGAUCACCAAAUAAUAUCUCACCAAGCCCAAAAGGAACAGAGACUAGCGCCAUCUAUCGCGAGGUUCUUGGUGAGAUGCCGGCGGAACAAUCAUCACCAUCGUCACCCGCUAAGUCCAUAUCUUCUAAAGACGGACAACGCACAGCGACACCGUUCAGUCAUCAACAGAGUGACAGACAUGAGAAUGUUAGUUCAGUUAACGACAGUCGGAUCACAAGUGCAGCUAGUGGCAACCCGUGGCUCAUUAUGCUUGGGCGAGAAAGGACAACGAGUACAAUUCGGUCUGGCAUCAGUGGUCCUGAUACGAACAGAAAUGCGCACCAAUCCGGUGUGACAACAGCGUGCUUUCGAGAAGAGCAAGUGAAGAAGAAACACGACAAGGUCAAUCACAUGAUUAGGACUGGGAGAAAUGUAGAGUCGUCUGCGAAACGCGGCAGUGUGAAUGGACGGGUUUCUCUAUCUACCGGUAGGGCACUCAAGUUAACUUUCCAGCAGUCAACCGAUCCAACCGUGACGACAUUUGUGAAUCAUUUCCGACACAACCAGCUCCCCGAUCGACUUACGAGACGAUCGAAUCUCAAGAAUUCUCUCAUCGCGGACAUGACUGUAGGAGGUCAAAAUGGACAUCUAAUUACACCCAAGUCCGUCACAUUUCGGAGGAACAAAUAUACUUUAGAGGCUGACACAAGACUGCGGGAAACUGUCAUAAAAGCAUCUGUUGCAAACACAACCGGCGUACAAGAACAUACAAUGCCGAGAGCAGGAAAUACCAGUGGCCGUAGCGAUAGAAAGCAGGAAGAAGCCAUAAGGGUUUACCGUUCUACGCGUAAAACAGCAGUUCCUCGCGAUUUCUUGGAUAACCGUCGACAAAGGCGAAUUCAGAACCCGGUCAAACGUAAACCUGUUGGUAGACCCCCGGUGACACUGUCCCGCAAACCUAUCAGAGCCAACAAGGGGAGAAUAAAUCCAACCACUCUACAGAAACAAGAAAGAUCCACUGUGACAACGAUUGCGACGAUGUCAGGACGACCAAGCACAUCGAGCUUGCAGGAUGAGCAGAAUUGUAUUGCAGAGGCGACAGUCAAGGGUAGUUGUAGUUGCUCGAGGGCGAAAGACAUUCGAAACGCCGCCAGUUCGAAGAAUGAUGGCAACGACAUGACAAAGUUACCGAGGAGGUUCUCAACUAGUGACGAAGGAUACGACACCACUCACUCAAUAGACGGCGACUCCAUCAAGAGAUUGCCCGAUAUAGCACCACCAAUUCUGAGUCUUUCUCCAAGAUGCUUGCCAGAAGCCGAAAAGGUGACUUUGUCGAAAACAAUGAAAACUCUUAAACUUGGAAAUACCGAGAGAACAAGUAUUCAGAUAUCAUAAUCGUAUGGAUAAAACUGAUCGAAAUUGGACGAUAAUAUCAUGAUAGAGAUUGCUGUGGCGUUUUAGUAUCAGUGGUAUUUAUCAAGUCAUGUUUGGAGAUGGAUCGAAAGUAUUAUACGUAAACAUUUUCCCCAUAUUUAGCUCCUGGAAUUUCGUUUAAAGUGCUGAAUAAUAAAAGAAUGAAUGUAAAUGCGGUGAAAUAAAUUGAUAUUUUUUUGUAAAGAGAUAGCGAAAGGGUAAAGUUACCGAAAUAUUCUUCCAAACAUUUCAAUUUUGAAUGCUUGUUUGUUUUUUGUUUUACAUUAUUCGCUCGGUUCGAUAUCUGAUAAAUUGAGAUGGUAAUCGUUUUUAACGAUUGUUUGGAGUUCUGACAGGGCUGUUUUCUUUUAGAUGACAAGGACACACUUCUUAUUUUCAUCUUCAUUAUAUUCAUUUUUCUUUUUCUUAAUAUUAACAAUAUUAUCGUUAUUAUAAUUAUUAGCAUCAUCGUCGUCGUCACCGGUGUGCCAUCUUCCAUCUUCCAUUAAAACCACCCACUUUAUUUUCAUACGUUUAUUUUCCUUCACCCCAACUACCACUAGCACCAUCAUCCUCAUCAUCCUCAUCAUCAUCAUCACCGUCAUCAUCAUCAUCACCGUCACCAUCACCAUCAUCCUCAUCACCGUCAUCAUCAUCAUCACCAUCAUCCUCAUCAUCCUCCUCAUCAUCAUCACCAUCAUCAUCAUCCUCAUCACCGUCAUCAUCAUCACCCUCAUCAUCAUCUUCAUCACCAUCAUCAUCAUCAUGGCGUAGUUUCCUUCAGCAAGAAAUUAAUCCACAUUGUGCUGCACUCAACCCAGGUGAGGUGAAUGGGUACCUGGCAGGAAUUUAUUCCUUGAAAUGCCGAGCGCUGGAAAGCUGCUUGAGCUACAGCCAGGGUAAUAAUAUCCAAGUCAUUUGGAAGCGCAUAGAGACGUUAUUCAUAAUGUGUUAUGCGCUAUACAAGAACUGACUAUUAUUAUUAUUGUCAUCAUCAUCAUCAAUCAUCACCAUCCUCAUCUACAACAACAUAAUAAUAAUCAUUAUUGUCAUUAUCAUCGCUAUCUUCAUGAUCAUUAUCAUUAGCAGCAGCAACCGCCUGUAUCGAGAGUAAGGCCCGUCUUUGCUGCCCAUACGAGAAAAUGUCUAGGUGUUACAUUUCGGGUAACGAGCAUAGAAAUGUAAAGCAUUGCGUACCUCUUGAUUUUGACAUAUCGCAUCAUGAUUUGCUUUGUAAAUUUUGUAACUUAUGAUUAGAAAUGAAAUAAAUUCGAAUAUUGACCGAUCAAUCG